AUGGGUAGAACGGAACCACUGAUCGUGAGCUACCAAGACAAAUGGUACGACCUGACAGACUUUGCGCACAAACACCCCGGGGGGAAAAGUUCUCUCGCCGGUCUGCAUGACAAGGACAUGGCGGAGCGGUUCGAGCGUGCCCCGGGACAUUCGCAGGCCGCCAAGUAUCUGAUGAAGGAGUACCAACUGAACCGAUCGUCCCACAGCCCAAAAAACAAACCGAACGGUUACUCUCUAAAUGGUGCCAAAGCAACGGUGAACGGGACCGUUACGAAUGGGUACAAAAAUGGUGUCAAACCGACGACCAACGGAUUACAUGCGAAUGGCGAUGUAACGCACCUUACGGACGACAGUAUGGAGUACCUGGUGGACUGGACGAAACCGAUGCUAUUCCAAAUACACAAAAUCGGUGACAAAUAUGCCGAAUGGGUGAACAAACCCGUCGAUCGCGAGUUACGCUUGGUCGGUCCGGGCUGGGUGGAAAACAUGACCAAAACGCCCUGGUGGAUCGUACCCGGCUUCUGGAUACCUGCCAUCUUUUACAUUAUCGUCCAGUACGGGGCGAAAGAUUUGGCCACCGCGCGGGGUUGGCACGAUCCGAACCAAUCGUUCGUUACGGUUGAUCUGUACCUGCAUCUAGUCAUCGGUGCGAUCGCCUGGACACUGCUCGAGUAUUCGCUGCACCGUUGGGUGUUCCAUCUCGAUCCAAAGGGCAAUCGAUUCCUGCAGACGUUCCACUUUCUGAUACAUGGCCAACACCAUAAGGUUCCGUUCGAUCCGUACCGGUUAGUGUUUCCGGUACCGCCCGCCAUACUGCUGACGACCAUCUUCUAUCAACCCAUAUACUAUGCGUUCCCAUAUCCUAGGCUUACGCUAGCGGGUGGUUUAAUAGGCUAUCUCAUAUACGAUAUGAUACAUUACUAUCUUCACUAUGGUAGCCCCUCCGGUGGCCAUCUGUAUCACAUGAAGCGGUAUCAUUAUUCCCAUCACUUCGUCCACCACGAUCAAGGCUAUGGUAUUAGCAGCGACAUCUGGGACAAACUAUUCGGGACGCGCAUUAUACUACGAAAGCUUAAGUAUCUUUUAAAGUGGUAA